AUGCAUGUAGUGUGCUACGAGGUCCAGUGGCACAAACAACUAGAAUCGAUCAAUAUGCGUUUAAUAUUAAUAGCGCUGCUGGUAGCAUGCGCGCGCGCAACCCCACAGUACACAAAGACUGGGGGCGUUAAGGGAGGGCACAGCGGACAUGGAUAUCCCCACGAAGGGUAUAAUUUGGUCAACAACUUUUACAACAACGGGAGUCAUCAUCAAGGCUAUGGGAACUAUGGGGGCUAUGGACAGACUAUGAAUAUGACAGGACCCGUCAACUACGAGAUAGGAGUCUGCUACAUCGAAGUCCCAACAGCCAGUCUAGUCAAGGAUCCUAGUCACGUUCCUGCUGGUAACGGGUCGCGUCCAGAUCUGAGUCGCAUUAGGAGUUGCUGUAGUGGUUACAUUAGGAACAUCCACAACUACAGGAUCUGUGACCCAGUGUGCGACCAAGAAUGUGUGAAUGGGCUCUGCAGUGCACCAAAUACCUGCACCUGCUUCCCCGACCACGUCAAGAACUUGGCUGGUUUCUGUGUAGCAACUUGCCCCAUCGGAUGCCAAAAUGGACAAUGUUCUGGGGGAGAAUGUAUCUGCAAAGAUGGAUACAGAUUGGACUCGGAAAGCAAAUUCUGUGUUCCAAACUGCAGGGAGCAGUGUGGUGGUCCUGGAAGAGGAAACUGCACAGCUCCAAACACAUGUGAAUGCCAGCCUGGGUACAGGGCUACUCCCGAAGGAUCCUGCAAACCUUCGUGCGACCAUUGCAAAGACGGCCAGUGUGUGGGCCCAAAUGACUGCCGCUGUUCUUCUGGAUUUAGCAAAGACCAUAACGGUGACUGCAUCCCACAGUGCUCAAGCCCGUGCCCGCCACCGAAACGCUGUGUCGCUCCCAAUGUAUGCGGGGACCCGUCAAACCCCUCCUCCUACAACAACACAGGCUCUCCUUACGGCAGACCACCAACUUACAAUCAAAACCAAAAUCCUAACAACCCUUACGGCCAACAACCUCAAAAUCCCAACUAUCCCGGUUAUCAACAACCUAAUUACCCUGGUAAUCAACACCCUUCCUACCCAGGUAACCCAUCAAAUAACCCAGGUCAACAACAACACACCUACCCUAGUAGUCCACGUCCUCCUGGAGCCCAACCAAACAAUCAAACCGGUAAUCCUUCUUACAACCCCGGUUAUCAACCCUCUAACUACCCUGGUAAUCAUCCCUCUAACUACCCUGGUAAUCAGCCAUCUUACUACCCAGGGUAUCAACCACCACCGACGUAUCCUGGAGGUGCCCAAUAUCCAGGUUACCCUCAAAACAAUUACCCUGGUGGACCAUACCCCGGUAGCCAAGCUUCCAAUCACACAAGCCCUGGUUACAACCAACCAGGAGUGCCUCCGACUUACAACUCGAGUGUUCAACAACCUCCGUCUCCUUACGGACAAAGACCAUCAAAUCCACCGGGUCAACCUAUCUACACCCACAUUCCUAAUAACCCGCAGCCCUUGUACCCUGACAGUCAACACUUAGGUCCAGAUCACCGACCUAAUCCCGCUUACCCUUCUUCGAAUUCAACUCAAGGAGUGCCCAGUGGACCAAACUACCCCAACCCUCAAUAUUACCCUAUCAACCAGUACUACCCAGAUCAGAGACCUAAUCCAAGUCCCCUGCAACCUAAUCAAAGGCCGAAUAAUGCUGAGCCUUACUACCCUAACAGUCAGUAUUACCCUGGCUACACCCAGCAGUCUUCAUAUAACCAGGAAUCGGUGUACCAGCAGAAUAUCUACCAGGAGAACCAGAUGUCAGCUGUGGAGCUCUUAUGUUCUAUCCCAUGUGUUAACGGCACCUGUGUGGGACGAGACGUGUGUGCCUGUAACACUGGAUAUGUGCCUAUUGCUGGAGACACAUCGAGGUGCGAGCCAUACUGUUCUGGUUGUACAAACGGAGCAUGCGUGUCCCCCUAUGUGUGCCAGUGUCACCCUGGAUUUUACAAGGACUUUAGUGUCAAGGGACGGACCAAAUGCGUGCGACGCAUCAGACGGUCCGUUGAUGAAACCCCAGCACCUGUAAACAUUGCUGAUCUACUAGUGUUUGAAAUACCAGAUGAUUAUUAAAAUUAAUAAAUGAUUUAUCGUUUGA